AUGGGCAAGCGCAGCAGCGCCAAAAAGCCCCAGGGGCCAAAGAAGCGCGACACGACUCCGAGAACAUUCGAUUGCCUCUUCUGCAAUCACACAGAUUCGAUCGAUAUCAAGAUGGAAAAGAAGGUCGGCUGCGGAAGGCUCUACUGUAGGGUGUGUGGGCAAAAGUUCCAAUGCGGAAUCCACUAUCUCUCGCAACCGAUAGACGUCUACUGCGAAUGGGUUGACGCAGCGGAGACAGUAGCACAGCAGGCUCGGGAGGAGGGUACAGGUGCGGCUAAGAAGAAGGACGACUGGGUAGGGGACAAGGACUACGCUAUUCCCGAGGAACAAGGAGAGGAUGUUUGGGGCGAGCCUUAA